AUGGUUUACUACGACAGGUGUCUAUGUGGGGCACCUCUUUCCCCUGCCAAAUUGACAAAUCUAGAGGCAACGACGGCGACGUCCAUUUUCGAUGAUUGCGCUGCUGAAGACGGAGAACAAUCCAUAUACUGUUCUACGACGUGCGCACGUCAAGAUGCUCUCAAUUCUCUCUCUGCUCGAGAUCCAGCGACCAAUGUCUCUUCCGCUUCUAUCGGUCCAUCCAACAACUUCCCUUCCUCCAGGUGUCCUUCACUUUCCACAGAUUCAGAUAUCGACGAUGAGGAAGAUGAAGAAGGUGUGUGUUGGGAAUGGGUCGUUACACCCUCUUCGCAUCCCCAUCGUUCUCCUACUACCGCAACGACUCUUGCCGGGUCUGCGGCCAGGCGUAACCCAUUGUACGAGAGUCACUAUCAACGCGUCGUGUCUCGCAAAGAUGAACUCGGGUUCUGGUCUGGUGACGGUCGGCGUAGCCGGACUGGACAGUUGGAGGACGCGUCGAUGGAGAAUUUGACGCGCAUGUCUCCUCAACAUCUCCAGGGCAAUUCCGUUAUUGUCGAGGAAGAUGAAGGGUUCAUCGAUGAUAUCCCUUCUCGUUCUGAGGACGCGACGCCCAUCCCCCAGAAACGCGUUAAAGCGACGUCUGAGUCUGAUCGUAAGGAGUUUCCACCCAAUCCUUUGUCAAAGACUGCAUCGUUGAAUGAGUGGUGUGCGCAUGGAUUCCAUGGGGGUCAUGCUGUAUGUGUGGAGGACGACUAUGAAGAGGAAGAUUCGACUAGUUCUGAGUCCGAGUAUGUAGACUCGGGAUCGGAGACGGAUGAAGAAGGCGAUAAUUUCGUAUAUGAUCGGUUCUUGACUGAUUCGCAUCAUCUUCAACCCGUUCAUUCGCGUGCACCUACCCCUCAUCCGUCAGCCGCUCCUUCUCCAAUCGAACUCUCGAGAAACGUAUCUCCCGCUCCUCCUCUCCCUUCAAUCGACUUUUUCCCACCCAUGUCACUGGACGCGCAAUUGACCAACAACAUCCUCGAGGUCUCCUCCUCGCUUUCCUCUCCGCUGUCGAAGAGAACAGCACGAACGAACAUCCCGACACCUAUCGAUACGGCUCUCGCAAACGUCACCCGUUGUUCUUCUCCUCUCGCAGGCGAAACCCAAGAAGAUGAAAGUUGUAGUGAGUCGUCAAGCGAUGAUGAUGAUGGAGAUGGCCACGACGUCACUCAAACGUCAGGCUCACUUGCACGCCUCGUGGAAGCGCUGGAACAACUUGGAGACCCAUACUCGCCCCCUUCGUCGUCGUACGAAGAAGAUCCAGAAAAUGAUGAAGAAUUAGAUAAAGUCCUCUUUGUACCACCUUGUACACCAAGCAACACACGACGGCAUACACCUUCAUCACCUCUCAUCCCAACACCUACACAAAAUAUUCCAAGGUCCGUAUCCCCUCACCCUCCCUCUACGCCACUAGAUAUUUUAUCAUCUUUCCCUUUCCCUCCAUCGUUAUCAUCAUCAUCAUCACCAUCGCACCCUUUAGGCCAUCCUACAUCCCAAAAUCCCUCCCCACCUUCCCCUCUCUCCUCCAUACCCCCACCGCAGCAACAGUCGUCCUCCCCUUCACUCAUCCCCCCACAUUCUGCAAGUCCCUUCGCACCUUCUAUCAUCCAACUCCAACGCACUCAACCUGAACUCCUCACUUCCAUGUCGAUAGGCGGAGUCUUGGAAUUGAAACCUCUAAGUCCGUUAAGUCCAAUCAAAGUUUUCGCUCUACCCCCGAAACCUCAACCUGCCACCUCUUCUCCUCUCGUGACGGAGAAGAGGAAAGAAACGAUAGCGACCUGGAGUAUUUCGGGGUCGACUGGAAGAGGAGGGUAUGGAAAUUUUGGACAUGUGCAUUCGCAGAGUUUGCAUUGGAGGUGGGGUGUUAGCAGUGUUAGCAGCGCGACUGGGGAUGAUGCGGGGAGGAGACCUUCUAUGCCUAAUACGAGUGGGCAUAGGGAAAAGGAAGGCGGAGGGAAAAGGAUGAGUGGUGCGGCGAGGGUGUUGAGGAUGGUCAAGAGCAGUCCUCAUUUGGGAUUGGGGAUUGUGGGUGGGUCGGGUGGGUCUAAGCGUUGGUCUAAGAGUAAAGCGCAGUGA